GUUACUUCCAAAGCUAGAUAACAAGCAGGGGCGUUGUGGCUAGACGGGACACCGGGAAAUUUCCCGGUGGGCCCCUUUCAAAUGAGUUUGUGAAACCCAAGACAAACAGGCCCCUGUGAAAGAGAUGCUUGGAAUAUGAACAGGGCUUCUGAGAGGGGGAAAAGGAAGGGCAAACUGCCCCAGGGCCUCGGGGUCUUGGGGGCCUCUUAAAGCAAGGAAUUCCAAUUUUAGAAAUGAAUUUUAAUGAAACGUAACAAAGUAUGCCUAAAAAUUGUAAAACUUUGUAAACAACUGCAAAAAAUUUCUGAAAUGUAUUUCAAGCGAACUUAAAGGGCGUGUCCGAGAAAAAAUUUCUGCUCGCUUCGCUCGUAGUUCACAUAAUUGCUUUGUCUCGUUUGUGUUUGUAUCAAGUGUGCCUACAGUACUGGAUUCGCAGUCUUAAAGAGUCUAUGGCUAGAGAAAAGAGGACACACCACAACAAACAUGGAAAAUGAACAUUUAAAAAUGAUAAAAACUGGAAUCUUUUCAAUGCAUGGUGCAUGGUUUCCAGAAACUAUGGUCCCAUCGUGAAGAGAGCCAGCCCACAAGGCGGUGAAGUCUGGCUGUUUGAUCCUCAAGACGUGGCCACCGUCUUCCGAGCCGAACCAAAAUAUCCAAAAAGAUUCGAUGUCCCGCUUCUCGAUGACUUUUACGCUCGCAGAUCUAAAGAGCCCGGUGUUUUCUUUCUCAACGGUGAAAAGUGGCACAAGCACAAAUUGCUAAUGUCCAAGAAGAUGCUGCGCCCAUUGGAAGUCAGCCAGUAUAUUCCAAGAAUAAACUGCAUUGCUUCAGAAAUGGUUGAGCGUAUUUCAAAAGUAAGGGACAGCAAUACCUUUGAAGUUGAUGAAAUUGAUAUGGAGCUCUUCAAAUGGUCGUUUGAAACGGUGGCGGAUUUUCUGUUUGAUCGUCGAUUUUAUGCGCUAAGCGACAGUCCGCCUGAAAAGGCUACGAAUUUCAUCAAGGCAAUUGGUCUCUUCCUUGAUUCCGUUUCAGCUGCCUCUCUUAUGCCUCCUGGUUUAUAUAAAUAUUACAAAACGAAGGCAUUCAAGGAUUUUGAUCACAAUUUUAUGCUAUUGUAUAAAUUUGCAGAGGAACUUAUCGAAGAGAAGUUAUCAGACAUUGCCAAGCGAAGGGAACGUGGUGAAGAUAUCGAUACUAGGAACGAACUCAUACCAUUUCUGCUGUCUUCUGAUAGGAUAUCAGAGGACGAGGUUGGGUCGAGCAUAGUGGACACGUUGUUUGCAGGCGUAGACACGACGUCCAACACGAUGCAGUGGAUGCUGUACUUGAUUGCUAAAAACCCGCACGCGCAAUCUCGUAUCAGAGAAGAGAUUUCAAGAGUUCUGCCGCAAGGACAAGAGCCAACUUCAGAGACUCUUCAACAGCUGAGCUUUGUGAAAGCUGCUGUGAAAGAGACAUUACGUCUGUACCCGGUCCUUAUUUUAACAAGCCGAAUUCUCGAGCACGAUGUCAUUUUGUCCGGAUACCACGUACCUGCAAACAAUCAGCUCUUUCUUAUGCACCAUGCUAUAGGCCGCAGUGAGGAUCUUUUUGAGAAUGCAAAAGAAUUUGUCCCGGAAAGAUGGCUCAGGACGGAGUCUGCUACAAAACAUUCCGCUUAUGCUUCGAUACCGUUCGGGCAUGGGGUCCGCAUGUGUCUCGGUCGUCGCUUAUCGGAAUUUGAGCUUCAGAUACUGCUUAUCAAGAUAUUGAACCGGUACACAUUGGAAAUACCGCCUGGGCAUGUCGUUGAUAACUAUUUCCGAGGUGUGAACAUUCCGGACAAACCAAUCCGGGUUAAGUUUGUUGAGAGAAAGAUCGACCAACGAUAGAUUAUACGCUGCCCAUUAUGCACUUUUUAUAUCGGAAGUUUGAUAGAUUAGAAGUUUCGAAAAUUUGUAUUAUUAAAUUGUUUUUAUUAUAUUUUUAUCGUCUUUGAUAAAAUAUGCAUUAUUUAUUCCAUUAACUUACAAUCGCUUAAAUCGCGAAAUGUAUUAAUAUUCAUUGAUCGAUAAUAUCAAAAAAUAGUGAUUGUAAGUGAAAUAUUCUUAGAAUUAAAAAAUCCCUUUCUGGGAUUAUACUGGGUAAAAUGUAUUCAGGUUUAUUGAUGUAUUCAGGUGUUCUCAACAAUUAUCGACUGGUAAAAUAAUCGCUGCGCAGGAGGAUUCAAAUUUUUAAAAAUCCCUCCUGUAACAUAGAUAGCAGUAAAUAGCAAAAGUUGGGCAGCAGAACACUCGAUUGAAAUGCUCCAAAGGUCCUUUUAAAGCCUGUAAGGUAGAGAACUGAUCGUGUCCAUGUGAUUUCAUGUUGGAAGGCACAUCUGUCGAAUUGUGUGUUUUACAAUUGUGUCAUUGUAGCCAGCGUCGAAACUCAAUAAGAGAAUACUUCUAGUGGUUACUUGUAUGAGAUCUAUCGCAGAAUAACCAAAACACAACAAAACAGAAUUAUAUACAAGGGCGGAUAUGACGUAACGUUCUUAAGGCGAAUACCGGGGGUAGAUGAAGGCAAUAACUAUACUCCCUAACACUUGUCUGAUGGUGGUGGCAUGUCUUUAAUUGCUCGCACUUUCUCUGGGUCUGGUUUGAGUCCCUCGGAUGUGAAAAAAUGACCAGCAUAAGUCACUUGUUGAACAAGUAAAUUCACCUUUAGUGGAUUAAAUUUCAGUCCCACUUUUCUGCUCCUGUCAAGUACUGCAAUCAUUUUCUCUUUGAUAUCACUGCCAUCCUUUCCAUGAAUGAGAAUAUCGUCCACAAUAAUUUCAACUGGUACAUUAGCAAAUAACCUGUCCAUUUUACGCUGGUACAACUCUGGGGCUGAUGAGAUACCAAACGGGAGUCAGGUAAAUCUAUGUCGGCCCCAAGGAGUAUUGAAUGUCAACAACUUUGAGCUUUCUUCAUCCACAGGUAAUUGCCAGUAACCACUACUAGCGUCCAGUGUAGUAAAAGUUGUAUCCCCAGCCAGACGUUCAGCUACCUGUUCAACGGUAACCAUCGGGUAAUGUGAUCUUUUGAGAGCUCUGUUCAAUUCUCUUGGAUCAAUACAGAUCCGUCGUGUACUGUCCUUAGUGGGAGGGCUAUCACGAUUUGUUUCUUUACGUUUGUCGACAACAACCAUGGAGGAAACCCAAUGGGUGUGUUCAUCCUCCUUGACAAUUAUCCCAUCAAUCUCCAUUUCAAGCAAAGCUUCUGCUUUGUAGGUUCUAGAAGUGCAACAAGGAUUUUCCUCGGAGGGUGGAUAACUGUGGGGAUAGACUCAUACGAAAUUUCCGCCAGUUAUCAACUGCAUAGGCAUCAAAAACCAGUGGCCCCGGUUUGCUAAAAGACUCUCUUUCCGCCAUUUUGUUUUCCGAUACUAGUCUCCAGCAACUUUCGUGUUUAAUGACUCAACAAUCGUAUCUUCGUAUCCAAAACACACCUGACACCAUGUUGUAAUUCAUACUUGAAUAAGCGGCCUAACCAAAACAUCCACAAUUUUACGAACUAAACUAGAAAGCCACAACGUGUCCCAAUGGCGGGAAUUUCCGUCAGCGUUUAAAGGCUCAAAAACACUGGGCAUUUAAAUGGAUUCGAUUAAAUGGAUGCUGGAAAAAUAGACAGUGUAAACGCAAAAUUUGAUGUCAAAAUAGCUGUUUCGACAAAGUGAAAAAUCCUUUUAAAAAGUUGGAUGUGUUCAAUUUUCAUCCAACUUUUUGCUAUUGUAUUCUUCGAACUCUUUUAUGACGGGCACUGCACUUCAAGGGCUUCUCUCCAUCAGCCAGGUUUUUUUUUACCACGUUGCUUUUUGAAAUGCUUAUUAAUUGCUGCAAAGAGUCAAAGAAUUAAAAAAACAUACAGUUGAUAUAUUUGUAAAGAGAGGGAAUCUGUUUUUGGGACACCAGAUUGCCUCUGUAUCGCAAUAGAGAUGCAAGACAAACAAAACUAACGAGCCUUGUUGAGAAUUUUAUCUUUGCUGGUAUUGCCUCUCAUAGACUUGUGUUAAUUUUUUAAAUAUCAAAUUCAACAAGUUACAAGA